GCGCACGAGUGUGGAGCUGACAAAAUUCAAACUGGACGGCGGGUAGUUGAAGCUUAGACAGAAAAAAAAUACAACAAAGGUUCAUUGUCGAGAAUUUAACCAAAAGUGUAAGAAAAUGACCAGCACGUUGAAAGGAAUUACUCUCAAAGGAAGCGCGGAGCUAGUGGCCGAGUUCUUCUCGUUUGGCAUCAACAGCAUCCUGUACCAGCGGGGCAUCUAUCCUCCAGAGACAUUCACCAGAGUCACCCACUAUGACAUGAGCCUGCAACUUACCACUGAUCCCAAACUGAAGAACUACCUGACCAACGUGGUGUCUCAACUCAAAGGUAGCCUCAGUGGAUUGCUUCUUUAUACAGUGGCUUUCCACAGCUUUGUGGCAAGUGAGUGGCUGUUUGAGUGCACAGUGCAGAAGCUGGUGUUGGUGAUCACGUGUCUGGAAACCAACGAGGUGCUGGAGAGAUGGCAGUUUGACAUCGAGUGUGACAAGUCAGCCAAGGAGAGCAGUGCUCCCAGAGAGAAGUCCAUUAAGACCAUUCAGGAUGAGAUCCGCUCUGUUAUCAGACAGAUAACAGCCACAGUGACGUUCCUGCCGCUGCUGGAGACGCCAUGUGCAUUUGACCUCCUUGUCUACACAGACAAAGACCUGUUGGUUCCUGAAAAGUGGGAAGAGUCUGGACCGCAGAUCAUCGACCAAUCAGAGGAGGUGCGUUUACGCUCCUUCACCACCUCCAUCCACAAGGUGAACAGCAUGGUGGCGUACAGGAGGACUGACUCAGUUUAAACCUCUAAACCAUGGUCCCCCCUCCACCCCCUGAGCUGUAUAUAACACCAACCACUGCCCCUUAUAGAAAGCUGUAGAUUUUACACUGCCCUGUCCUACCUCACUGUCUGCGUCCCUGUCCAGUGUUCUGUACACGGAGGACCCUGUGUUCUCCUGCCUUUGUUUUCUGAACUUCACUUGUCUGUUUGAGAAGGUUGUGGCGGCAACCUGCUCCACACUGAUGUAAAUAUUUCUCAUAAGAAGUAUUGUUUCCCCUUUCUCUUAAGUUGUCAACCUCUGUUUUAGAAGCUAGUGGUUUAUAUGUUAAACUUUUAUAAAAUAUCAUAAAUAAAUGUCUUUUGCAAAGA